AGCCAGAAGCGGAACAGCCAGUGCAGCGUCAAACUGGCGUGCUAAGAAACAGAAACCCAUUUGUUUUUGAAUAAUUACCUAUAUUUAUUGAUCGAAAAUGCCGGAUUUAGCGGUAGAAACUGUCGUAGUUCAUCCGUUGGUGCUGCUGAGUGUUGUGGAUCAUUUCAACAGGAUUGGUAAAGUUGGCAGCCAGAAGCGAGUUGUCGGUGUUCUGUUGGGCUCAUGGCAUAAGAAAGUUCUUGAUGUGUCCAACAGCUUUGCUGUGCCUUUCGAUGAGGAUGACAAGGAUGAUUCAGUGUGGUUCCUCGACCAUGACUACUUGGAGCAUAUGUAUGGCAUGUUCAAGAAAGUAAACGCGAGGGAGCGAAUAGUUGGUUGGUACCACACAGGCCCAAAGCUACACAAGAAUGACAUUGCUAUAAAUGAGCUCAUGAAACAGUACUGCUCUAAUUCGGUUUUAGUCAUUAUUGACGUUAAACCCAAAGAUCUGGGCUUGCCAACGGAAGCUUACAUCUCAGUGGAGGAAGUGCAUGAUGAUGGAACGCCCACAUCAAAGACAUUUGAACAUGUGACCAGUGAGAUUGGAGCAGAGGAGGCUGAGGAAGUUGGUGUGGAACAUUUGUUGCGGGAUAUCAAGGACACAACAGUCGGCACUUUGUCGCAACGUAUCACCAAUCAGGUGCAUGGCCUGAAGGGCCUGAACUCCAAGCUGUUGGACAUCAAGAGCUAUCUGGAGAAAGUCACAACAGGCAAGCUGCCGAUCAAUCACCAGAUCAUUUAUCAACUGCAGGACGUGUUCAAUCUCCUGCCUGAUGUCAACCUGCAGGAGUUUAUCAAGGCCUUUUACCUCAAGACCAACGACCAGAUGCUUGUGGUCUAUCUGGCUUCGCUUAUCCGCUCUGUAGUGGCGCUCCAUAAUCUCAUCAAUAACAAAAUUGCCAACCGUGACGCAGAAAAGAAGGAGGGACAGGAGAAAGAUGACAGCAAGAAAGAGAAAAAGGAUGAGAAGGAGAAAGACAAAGACAAGAAGGAGGGAGAUGCUGCAGCCAAGAAAGAUGACAAAAAGGAAAAGAAAUAAAACUGAGCCGGCGUGAACUUUGGCUUAGUCAGUCUUGGCUGAAUAAUGGAGAAAUUCAGCAUUUCCUCUGUCCACUUGUAACAAUCUGCAGGUUUACUGGGCAUUGUGUCUGUCUUUUGAUAUAAGGACUUAUUUACUGUAUUAAAAGAGCGAAAGAAUUUAGUUAAUCUUUACUUUUUUAUUGAUACAGGAUGAACAAGGUUGAUUUACAUCUACGUUAAAAUACUGUUAUUUGACCAUCAAAAUAUCGAGACAGGUGCCCAGUGGUCCUACUGCAAAUAUUUCAUUGUAUUAAGACUUGUAAGAUUCCUUUUGUAUAACUAUAAAAAUCGAUGCUAAACAAGCUCA